AUGCUGAGCACGGAUCUUACGACGAGGGGAGCUGUGAUAUCGCCGAGUGAUGAGGAUUCCCACACAUUUACAGUAAAUACGGUCGGAGGCGACGCAUUCAGACUGAGAGCUUAUGAUGCGAAAGAGAGACAGCACUGGGUGUCGCGAUUACGAGCUGUUACUGAGAUCCACACAGAUAAUCUUGCUGCUAGCAAUCCUCCGCUGCAGCGCGUGCAGUCGUCAUCGAGCCUGCAGCGGUCGCCGCGCGUGGGCCGCAGCCGGCCGGCCCUGCUCAGCGACUCGCCGCGCUCGCAGCCGGACGAGCAGGGAGGCGGCGGCGGCGGCGGUGCGGGCGGGGAGUCGAUGCACGCCGUCAGGGACGUGCUGACGCAGACGGAGCAGCAGAAGAACGCCGUCGUCAACGCGAUAGAGGUGCUGCCUGGAUCAGGACUGGUUACUUGUGUAGAUGAGGAUCUGCUGGUGCUGAAGGCGAGCAGUGAGGCGGCCGUGGUGGCCCUGCAGCAAUGUAUGUCCAUCCUACAGCGACACAGCAACACUCACAAGAACCUGCCUUCUGGCGCCGCUGUCGAGUGGCUGCAGCCGGCGUCACCAGGAUGCAACAUUGGGGGAAGAAUUGUACCAAUUACUCACAAGUGGACUUUACCUACAGCUGACAUGUACACAGAAGCCGACGUCGACCCCGCCGACGCGGAACCGGACGCGGAGGCGUGCUUGGGUCACGACCUUGGAGCCGUCGACGACCACAAGAGCGUCAUCCUGCACCUGCUAUCGCAGCUGAAGCUCGGCAUGGACCUGACGCGCGUCGUGCUGCCGACGUUUAUCCUGGAGCAGCGCUCCCUCCUCGAGAUGUUCGCCGACUUUAUGGGACAUCCGGCGCUGUUCCUGCGGAUCGCUAGUGGUGCAACACCAGAAGAUAGGAUGAUGGCAUUAGUAGAAUGGUAUUUGACUGCUAUCCAUGCUGGGCGACAGGUGAUAAACUAUCAUUUGUCGGCAUUUUACAUAGAGUGUCCUGCAAGAAAUAUGUGCAUGAAUGCACAUGUGUGGACGAAAUCCAAGUUCAUGGGAAUGUCCAUCGGAGUGGCCAUGGUUGGCGAGGUGAGCCUGACGUUGUUGGAACAUGAUGAGGAGUACAUUUUCCAGCUGCCGAGCGCAUUUGCGCGGUCGAUACUGACAGUGCCGUGGGUCGAGCUGGGUGGCAAAGUAAAUUUCAGCUGUGCCUCUACCAAGUAUGCGGCAACUGCUACGUUCCACACUAAGCCAUUUUAUGGGGGAAAGCUGCAUCGGGUGACGGCAGACGUGAAAGAUCCGAUGGGCAGGAACGUCUGUCACAUUAGCGGCGACUGGAGUGGUGGGCUGGACUUCACUUAUGCAGACGGAACGAGUAAGAACGUUAACGUUGCGGAGAUGGCUGUCGUUGCGAAACGCGUGCGCCCGCUAAUGAAGCAGCAUGAAGGCGAGUCGCGGAGGUUGUGGCAGCACGUCAGUGAGAGCCUGAAGAACGGAAACAUGAAUCUGGCCAGCGAGCACAAACACUACUUGGAAGAAAUGCAACGAGCAGACGAGAAAGAUAGGGCUGCUAAAAACGUCCCUUUCCCAAUAAAGUUCUUCCACAAAGAUGGUGAAGGGUGGAAAUUCAAGAAACCAUUGAAAUGAUCGUCUAUAAAUGGAAUCGCUCAUUACAAGUAGAUGACAGAGGAGGUUGCUACUGCCACAUACACUAACUUCCCUGCAUUGAAUAUCUGGAAUGAAUUGCACACAUCAGGAUGUUUUAAUAUAAUUAAGUGUAUACAUAUGAAUGACA